AGUUUAUAUGGGACGACUUGCACAGUGUUCUAAUAUAUAUCAUCGAGCUCGAUGUAACAAAACUGUGUGGACUUUGAACCCGUUGAGUUAGUCCCAAAUCAGAAUGGUCAAUGGAAUGUCGCAGAUAUCGUAGUUAAUCAGAUUGCUUAGAAAACACAAUUAUGAGCAGCAGUGGCGACGUUGUGACGAGGAUAAUCAAGUUCGGAGGCCUUACAAACGGCAGGGACAAGUUUUUCAGACUGGUUCAAUACUCUGUCAAACUCAUUUGGUGGAAUCUGAAAAAUAAGGAUGAUUUUGUGGAGAAACUCAAGAAACUGGAGACAUCGAUGAGCAUGACUCGUAAAUUACUACGACUAGGGAAAAGUCUGGACUUUGUCCAGGCUGCGUUGAAAUCUCUUCACAUCACUGAUGACAUCGUCCGGUGGACCGUGACGCUGUCUAAAAUCAGUCAGGCUAUAUUCCUGUUCUUUGACCACAUCAUCUACUUUCACAACCUUGGUGUCAUCAAAACGGACAAGGCCAAAUGGUCGAAGAUUUCUGCUCAGUUCUGGUUCUUUAGUCUGGCUUUGAAUUUAACUCGUAAUUUUUACGAUCUCAAGAACAUUGCUGAGUUGGAGAUGAGCAAGCAAGAGAAAAAGGAAAGUGGGCAGCAGAGUAAUGGAGGUGUUUCAGGAAGAGCGAGGAGUCCCGGUUCCAGUGUCUUGUCCGUCGGUUGGCAGUGUGUCUGUGAUAAUAAACCAGUCUUUUUGGACUUGUUGAAGAAUGCGUCAGACUUGAUAUUGCCUUUAAAUACACUUGGAAAAGUAGACACUAGUGCUGGAGUCCAAGGGUUUUUAGGAAUCAUUUCGUCCACCAUUGGUGUUGCAACUGUGUGGAAUCCCAAUCUGAAGCUAGCACCUUCCUAGUUGCUCCAGUAGCAACCAAACUGUCUGUAUGUGUGCUCUGUGUGUGCAGGUUUGAUCAAACGAAGCUGUUCUUCCACCCCGGAGUUCUUUCCCUUCCAUUGGAUCUUUAAUAAUUGUUUUCGGUCAUUGAUUUAAACCUACAUAUGGUAAAAAAUUCUUUAAUAUAUCCAUUCAAUGAUAAGCCUGCAACUAACAAAUACAUGAUUAAACACUGAAAAGUUUGACCACUUUGGUAGAGGUCAGAUUGAAUCAGUACUAUUUAAAUUUCUUUGACAUAAUAAAUUUCAUCAGAUCAGUCAUAAGUGUCCUUUCCACAAUCCUUGAUUAAGUGUUUAAUCAGACCAGAAUUUAUGUGGACGUGAAUUCUGUACAUGUAACCUUUACUUAUGAGUAGUACCCAGAUUAAACUCGGUCUUCAUGGGACCCAUUCUUCUGAUGAGCCUGUCAUAAUUGUUAAACAUAAUUCAUAGUAUUUAAUGGAGGUUACCAAUCUAGCUUGUGGAUGUUACCAAUCAUUUCGGAAAGAAUUUUUAUAGAUCAGUGUUACAUGAUUAAUUUUUUCAUUAGUAUUGUUUAUUUUACUUGUGUACAUGUGAUAUACAUUCUGCUUUUAUAUAUCAAACCCAUAAUUUAUUCUAUUGAAUUUUGUUACAAAUUAUGAAGAAUAAAUCCUAAAACAUA